GACGUCAGGCCGUUUAAUCCGGAAACGGCGGCGACGGCAGAAGCUACCGAACCGAGGGGCUGUCGUUGGUGGGGACACAAGGCUUUGCAGAGUAAGGGGCGUGACCCGGAAGCGGAAGCCCAUCGCGCUCUCGGCUCCGCUAGGUCUGAAGUCUGACCCAAUCAUACUGGUGGAGUCCUACCACUAUGGACCUGUUGUUUGGGCGCCGGAAGACGCCAGAGGAACUCCUUCGUCAAAACCAGAGGGCCCUGAACCGAGCCAUGAGGGAGCUGGACAGGGAGCGGCAGAAGCUAGAAACCCAGGAAAAGAAAAUCAUUGCGGAUAUCAAAAAGAUGGCAAAGCAAGGCCAGAUGGAUGCUGUUCGAAUCAUGGCAAAAGACCUAGUGCGAACCCGACGAUAUGUACGCAAGUUUGUGUUGAUGCGGGCCAACAUCCAGGCUGUGUCCCUCAAGAUACAGACUCUAAAAUCCAACAACUCAAUGGCACAAGCCAUGAAGGGUGUUACUAAGGCCAUGGGCACCAUGAACAGACAGCUGAAAUUACCCCAGAUUCAGAAGAUCAUGAUGGAGUUUGAACGGCAGGCAGAGAUCAUGGACAUGAAGGAAGAGAUGAUGAAUGAUGCCAUCGAUGAUGCCAUGGGUGAUGAGGAAGAUGAAGAGGAGAGUGAUGCUGUUGUGUCCCAGGUCCUGGAUGAGCUAGGACUGAGCCUCACAGAUGAGCUAUCAAACCUCCCCUCCACUGGUGGCUCACUCAGUGUGGCUGCUGGUGGGAAGAAAGCAGAGGCCACAGCCUCAGCCCUGGCUGAUGCUGAUGCAGACCUGGAAGAGAGGCUCAAGAACCUUCGCAGGGACUGAACAAUUCUCCAAAUGAUGGACUCUACUCUCAGGGUCUUUACCCUGUGCCCCUCUGAAAUAAAAGAAAUUUGGACAUAAUUUCCCAAGGCUGUGAGUUUCCCCAUAUAAUAAAACAU